AAUAUUCUUACGUAUACGAAGGGAAGGCGAGUUCACUUGACAAACGAGAGAAAAUGACUGAUACGAGAUCUAAUACGCAAAGAAAAAUAAUUGGUAGAGAGUUUCCUAGUGAAGAGGAAUUCAAUUGUAUGAGUGACUUAGAAAAUACACUUCGCGAAAAUGGCUACGGCAAUUCGGAUUGCGAAAAGUUUAAGAGAAAUUGGGUUAUUAGAGCAAUUAAUUCAUUUCUUAGAACUUGGUAUCAUAGUAGUCUUACGGAAAAGCCAGAUAUUCUUACAAUUAUUCGAAGCGUUCAAAAUUUCAUUAAACCAAUGGGAUCAUUUACUUUGGGCGUUGUUGAAAAAACUUCAACUCUAGACUUGUUAUGUCUUGCGCCGAGAGAAAUUCGCCGUGACCAAUUUUUCAAAGCCUUUGCAAGUAAACUUGACUCUUUACAAAAGGUGAGAGAAUUAGCGUUAAUUACAAAAAGUAGUGUUCCCGUAAUAUCUUUCUACUAUUCUGAUGUCCAUGUUAAUCUAUUCCUUUCUAAUGUGGAGGUGAGCUUUUUACUUGGAAAUAAAAGUAUUGAUAAUGUAUCCAUAUAUAAUACAAUGGAUAAAGAAAGCAGUUUGAGUUUUCAUGGCUAUCAUAUUGCUAAGGCUAUUUUGCAGUGUAUAACACAACUGGAAAAUUUCAAUUUAGCUCUUUCCGCCCUUAAACUAUGGGCUAAAAACCGAGGUCUUGACAAUAGUAAAUAUGGAUAUUUGGGAGAAAUGUCAUUAACAAUUCUAUUACUUAAAAUAUGUCAAUCGAAUGAGAAUGCCGUUGUUGGAAUACUAUUGAGUAAAUUCUUUAAAGAAUUUGCAACCUGGAAAUGGCCUUUACCGGUAAAAAUUAAGAAUAUUGAUGUAGGUAUUGCGAUGAAAAAAUCAAAAUUAACCGAAUGGGAUCCACUACCUAAAAGGAAUGUUGUAGAUUUCAUGCCAAUCAUUACUCCAGCCUUUCCUCAGCAAAAUUUAACUAGUGCAGUAACGAAAUCGACAAGAAGUAUCAUUUUAAAGGAAAUGGAGAGAGCAUCGGAAAUUAUGGAAGAUAUUGUAGCAGGGAAAUUAUCAUGGGAUAAUCUAUUUGAAUCAUUCAAUUUUUUUGACAACUACUCGACAUUUAUGGUUGUUAAAACUUCAACAAAUAUGAAAAUGAACCUAACGAAAUGGAUUGAUUUACUCGAAUCGAGGAUUUUAGUACUUGUUAAGAAAAUAGAUAAUUUAUAUCGAGUGCAGGAAACGCAUUUGUGUCCAAAAUAUUAUGAUUCAUAUUCGACUGAGGAAAGGUAUUGGUUUAUUGGAUAUAAACGAAAUUCGUACAGUCACGAUAGCGACGAAUUUGAUCGUUUACUCGAUGCAUUUUCAAAAGAUGUUCAGAGUAAGAUCGCCGAAGCUCGACUAUCCAAAGACAUCAUCUUUAGUAUUGAGAAUCAAGAUACAAAUGAAUUAGAAAGCGUUUUACCUGAAGAUAUCAUUUCUGAAAUAUUUUGA